AUGUUUGAUUUGUGUGUUGAGUCCCGUGUUCUAUAUCUGCAGGCUCAGUACUAUGGGGAGAUUGGCCUCGGCACCGCCCCUCAAAACUUCACUGUUGUGUUUGACACGGGAUCCUCCAACCUCUGGGUGCCUUCCGUCCACUGCUCUAUGCUCGAUAUUGCUUGCUGGAUGCACCAUAAGUACGAUUCUUCCAAAUCCUCCACCUACGUGAAGAAUGGCACAGCGUUUGCUAUCCAGUAUGGCACUGGGAGCCUCUCUGGAUAUCUGAGUAAAGACACUGUAACGAUCGGAAACCUGGCCGUAAAAGGGCAGAUUUUUGGAGAAGCUGUAAAGCAGCCGGGGGUCACCUUCGUAGCUGCCAAGUUUGACGGCAUCUUGGGCAUGGCGUACCCCGUAAUCUCUGUGGAUGGGGCCCCCCCUGUGUUUGACAACAUCAUGGCUCAAAAGCUGGUGGAGUCCAACAUCUUCUCUUUUUACUUGAACCGAAAUCCUGACACUCAGCCUGGAGGGGAGUUGCUGCUAGGAGGCACAGACCCCAAGUACUACACUGGAGAUUUCCACUACCUCAGCGUGACUCGCAAGGCCUACUGGCAGAUUCACAUGGACCAGUUGGGCGUUGGGGAUCAGCUCACCCUAUGCAAGGGCGGCUGUGAGGUCAUUGUUGACACCGGGACAUCACUGAUCACUGGUCCUUUGGAGGAAGUGACAGCCCUACAGAAAGCUAUUGGUGCCGUCCCAUUAAUCCAGGGACAGUAUAUGGUGCAGUGUGAUAAGGUCCCCACAUUGCCGGUUAUCAGCCUGACACUAGGAGGACAAGUUUACACCCUGACAGGAGAACAGUAUAUAAUGAAGGUAUCCCAGCUGGGCAGUACCAUCUGCCUCAGUGGCUUCAUGGGUCUUAACAUCCCUCCUCCAGCCGGACCCCUUUGGAUACUUGGAGACGUUUUCAUUGGCCAGUAUUACAGCGUUUUUGAUCGAGCUAAUAACCGUGUUGGAUUUGCUAAGGCUAAGUGAUAUCCCCGUCACCAA